CAUACUUUAGCGACUAGCUCACUCUGAACUUCGUUGAAAGAAUAACUUCUACGUCCCCACUGUCCUGAAAUAUUUGGACAGCAAACCCAUUCCUUCUGCUCUUUUUCACCCAUUGGAAAUGCCGGCUGAAUCCCCUUGUAAGCACUCGGUACAUCUUGAAAAAAGGUGGCACGUCAAGCGCUCGAUUCACGGAUAAAGGGUGGUUCAGGGGAGGGGGAGUCCUUGUGCAGAGUUACCCCCCAUGAUCAGCAAUGGAUGGAAUCAUAAAUGAGCGUUGCGUGAAAUUCGAUAAAAAGGUCUUGGAGGACUGGGUUCUAAAUCACGUGAAUUACCUAUUCUACCCGAACGGUACGGCGAAGGAAGUCUAUCGAGUUAGAAGAGCAAAACUGCGGGAGCUCUUUGAAAACAUCCUUGAGGUCUGCGGCCUUCGUACUGGCCUUGCUGAGCGCAUUGUUGAGCAGACUUUGGCACAUCUGAGCACUGUUUUAGCGAUUGUUCUUCGAGUGCGUCGGGCGGGUGAUAACCUGAUCUUGCAGCAAUUCAUCAAUUUGAUCAUAUGUGACAAUGCCAUAAGGGCGACUCCGCAGCUUAUCGACGAAAACCUCCCAAUCCCCCUCGCCGACGCCAAAUCCCUGUUUCCCCACGAAGCAACGCUAUUCUACAACUCGCAAUUCCAGUUUUGUGCGGUGACCUUGAAGGGGAGGCAGGAGGUUAUCUACCAAGAUGACUAUAGGUCCCAAUGUCCUCUCCCCUAUACUGAACAAAAGCGGAUUGGAGGUGGUUCAUUUGGAGAAGUAUUUAGAGUUCAAAUCGCGCGGCGCCACUUUAGAUCCACGCAUCGUCACUAUGAGAACACCGAAGCCGAAUGGUUUGCGCGAAAGGAUUUCAAGAAAAAGUACGCGUUUGUUGGAGAACUGGAUGUUCUCAAGAAGAUCAUGGACCAACCUCAAAAGCAUGACCACCUAGUCAUGGUGCUUGCUAUUCUCCAGUACCGUGAUACCUACAGUCUUUUCUUCCCACUAGCUUCAUGUGACUUACAUCAAUACCUAAAUGGCGAAUAUUGUGGGGCGAGACCCGACGUCGAAGAGCAAAGCACAGUAUACAAACGAGGAGUUGACCUGGCUGGAGCCCUGGCGUUCCUUCACAACGGAUUUGACCGCGUAUCGUGCUUGCAUCUGGAUUUAAAACCCCGCAAUGUACUGGUCUACGAUGCAGGUGACCCCGACAAGCAAACCUGGAAAAUUACAGAUUUCGGUCUGACACGGGUUAGGGAUAGAGCUGCUCGAGAUCCUGCACGGGUUAGGGAUAGAGCUGCUCGAGAUCCUGACAAUAAUGAAGGCUCCACUGCUAAUCCAGCGGGUCAGGGUACGUAUCGUGCCCCAGAAUGUGACCCAACUAGUGGAAGAGUCACAACUUUGAGUGAUGUCUGGUCGCUAGGUUGCAUCUUCUCCUUGGUUAUUACCUAUAUUUCAGAAGGCUCGGGGGGUGUUAGAAGAUUUGCUGAGAAACGGGCUGAAUGGCGGGAGAAUAACUCAUUUUAUAUCACCAAUAGAGGUAGGACUCCUCGGAUCUCGCCAGCCGUGACAUAUUGGUUCGAUCACCUGAGAAGUGUGUCGAAGGAGCAGGAACGUCGGGUCGUUUAUGAAUCACUUGAAUAUCUCCAACGGAAGGUCUUGCACCCGAUUCGGGACCAGAGGGCGAGUGCUAAGGAGGUUGAAUUGACCUUGCUCAAUAUUUAUGCCCACUUUCAUCAACAGCCUCCUCCGUCAUCACCAUUGCAGCAGCCGCAACCGCAACACUCUCCCGUCUACACCAGGUUUCGCGCAUGGCUGACCCGGGCAUCAGCAAAACCCUCCUACUCCUUAUUACAAAAGUUACCCUUUAAUAUGGAUAGGAAUAUCCUUGGGGUCCGCAUAUCUCCUCCGGAGGGCGAUUUCAUCGCCUUGUUUUCACGCCAGAGAAUGGAUGUCUGGUCCAUAUCUCAGAUCCGAUCCUCCCUGCAGACCAAGUCGGAGGGCCCGCAGCCCGAGCGUAAAUUGAUAACUGGCGGACCAGUGAAAUGUUUUGCCGUCAGUUCACGAUUUAUCUGUAACUGCUUGGACGGAAAUUCCUUCUCGUGCUAUGUCUAUGACGUUCACGGGCUGCCGGGGCCUAGGUUUCUUGGUGAAGGAGUAAAGGUCUCAUACGAUAGUUUUGGUUCUAUCAAGAGGGUUGCUAUGUCGCUGGAUGGGGCACUUACAGCAUUUGUGAUCGCCGGGAAGUCAAGCGGGGCGGAAUCAUAUUGCAAAAUAUAUCUCGCUUAUACCCAACAUUUGAUUGAUACAGCGAGCGAUCACUCCCCCCCACAUUCCAGCAGAUCAAACUCUGCCAUAUCUGAGAGCUCAUGUCUUUCGGAGACCAUUGCGAGCAAUCUUAUUUUGCAAGAAGAUCGUGUUGAACCGGCUUCUCAAAUACGCUUUCUGAACUUCACCGCAAAUGGGCAGUUUCUUGUUAUGGUCGCUCAACAAAGCACAAGCGGAUUUUUUAUUCGAGCCUGGGAAACAUUUGGUGGGAAAUGCUAUGUGGAUUUUCCUAUCCCUAUCAAGGCUUCACCCACCUUUCGUGGAACACUUUUCACUGCUUGUUCUAUCUAUAUUUUCAAGGAUAUGCCCUGUCUGGUCUUAUUGACUGACCGUCGGCAUAUCAUACAUGUUAAUUUAUCCAGGCAGACUCUUACUGUUCGUUCACUGGAUAUAGACCUGUAUAGCAUGUUCGUCUGUGAUGAUGACGAGUCUCUCAUUCUUAUUGGUAAGAACCGCGGGCUGUGGGCGUAUUUAUUACCGCUCUCCGCAAUUGAUAAGUCUGAUGCUAUUCGAAUUGCUAAGAUAAAUCACAUAUCCUAUGUGCCGGAUCCUGACGAUGCCGCAGUAAGAAGAAAUGCGGAUGGCCAGCUGGAAUUGAUAAUUGCAAACGCCUCUGGCAUGUUUCUUGAUAUGGGCAUUCCAGACGUGGAGUGAAAAAAAAAAGAUUGGGUAUAGCCGAAUUAUCCUAAUAAGCAACGAGAACUACAAGUCCACCGAUGAAAUCAAAGAAUUUGCUGGGAUGAUGCAAAUCCUACUAGGCCGGCCACUAAUCAUACGUUUCAUCAAACCAUGAAAACAUCUUUGUUCAUCACUUCCGCAUG